UAAACCGGAGGCAGUGAGACGCACUUGGAUUACUGGGCAGUCAACUGUCACCGCUCAUAACGGCUGCGGACCGGCGUCCUGCCCAGCGCUCCUCUCCCGCGCGCAUCGCCAGCCAUUUAAUACGCUCAUAAAAACACAGACACCUGGGUGAAGCCGCGUCACACGCAGCAUUUGAUUGAUUUGUAUUAUGUGUUCUAUCUCCGUGGAUGCAAACAAAAAAAGUUUUUUUAUUGACGCUGCGUUAAAAUAAGAAGCUGCGAGUGAGUCUCCGAGGACAGACACCAGCGGGCUUCUCUGGACCUCCUCAGCAUCGGUGUCUUUCACUGCUGCUCCUAAAAUCUGUUUGCAGAAAGAGAUAUUCCUGUGAGAAGAAGAUAUGAAGUUACCAGGCUCAUGUUGGAUCCUUUGGAUUCUCCUGGUGCGCACAGUGGUGGGAGGCGCAGAGUCAAUCUCAGAUCCAUCACUCAGGCCUGGACAUAGCAUGACAGAUGGACAUGGCCAGAUGCCGAGCAACGAUCAAUAUAAAUGUCUUGAGCUGUCCCACAGAGACCACCAAGAUAACAGAACCGGCACCUUCUGUAGACGCAUAUGGGAUGGCUUAUUGUGCUGGGAUGAGACACCAGCUGGGACAUCUGUAACACAAAACUGUCCAAAUCACCCUCACCUGGACCCGACUCAAAAGGCGACCAAGUACUGUGAAGAAGAUGGUGAGUGGUUUUACCACCCAGAGUCUAAAAUGAUUUGGACCAACUAUACUCUCUGCGCCACCACCCAUGAGAAGAGACUGAGGAAACUGAAAAUGCUUGAGAUCGAAUACACGUGCCUCCAAAAAAUUAUUCGAGACCCACCUUCUAACAAAUCAGAGCUGCACUGCAGUCGUAGCUGGGAUGGUUGGCUGUGCUGGGACGACACUCCAGCGGGAACCUUCACCUCCCAAAAUUGUCCAGAUUAUCUUUUGGACUUUGAACCCACCGAAAAGGCCACUAAGUACUGUGGGGAAGACGGGCAGUGGUUUCACCAACCAAGGAGCAAUACGACUUGGACUAAUUAUACACUCUGUGCUGUCAACACGAAGGAGAGGGUGAAGACAGCCACGCAGCUCUCAGGACACACCGAUGUAGAGUCCGCUGGCGAGGCCACAGUCGGCCCCGUGGUUAAAACUGAACAACAGGAAAUUGAGAGAAAGAAAAUCCUUGACAGCCAGUACAAAUGCUUCGAGAAAAUUAACCGGGCUGCACCGUAUAACAAAUCAGGGAUGCACUGCAGUCGUAACUGGGACGGCUGGCUGUGCUGGGACGACACUCCAGCGGGAACCUACACCUCUCAAAACUGCCCCAAUUAUUUUCUUGACUUUGACCCCACAGAAAAAGCUGCUAAGUACUGUGGAGAGGACGGGCAGUGGUUCCGUCACCCGGAUACCAACAGGACUUGGUCCAACUACACACUCUGCAACGAAAACACGAAGGCAAAGUUGAAGUCAGCGUACAUCCUGUUUUACAUGGCAAUUGUGGGUCACGCUUUAUCCAUAGCCUCCCUGUUAAUCUCUCUGGCCAUCUUCUUCUCCUUCAGGAGUCUGAGCUGCCAAAGGAUCACCCUGCAUAAGAACCUGUUCUGCUCCUAUGUGCUCAAUUCAGCACUCACCAUCAUCUACCUAGAAGCAGUGGUCAAUAAUCCUAAAGUGGUGGGCAGAAACCCGGUUGGCUGUAAGGUGUUGCACUUCUUCCACAUGUACAUGCUGGGCUGCAAUUAUUUAUGGAUGCUGUGUGAAGGCAUCUACCUGCACACGCUCAUCGUGGUGGCUGUGUUUGCAGAGGAGCAGCGUCUGCACUGGUACUACCUCCUGGGCUGGGGCUUUCCUCUCGUGCCUGCAUCCAUCCAUGCCGUGGCAAGGAAAAAGUAUUUUGAUGACAACUGUUGGAUGAGUGUGGAAACCCAUCUGCUCUACGCCGUCCAUGGUCCCAUAGUGGCAGCGCUUCUUGUGAACCUCUUCUUCUUACUAAAUAUUAUUAGAGUUUUGGUGACCAAGUUGAGAGACACACACCGGACACAGUCCAAUAUGUACAUGAAGGCAGUGAGAGCCACCUUGAUCCUGGUGCCCCUGCUGGGAAUACAGUUUGUCAUUUUCCCCUGGAGGCCAGAGAACCGUCUGGCUGGCGAGGUCUACGAGUACAUUAUGCACAUCCUCAUGCACUACCAGGGAUUACUGGUGGCAACAAUAUUCUGCUUUUUCAACGGAGAGGUGCAAGCAACUCUAAAAAGACAGUGGAUGCAGUACAAAGCCCAGCGGGGUCAGAGGCGAAAGGACCACUACUCCACGUCCUACACAGCCACCUCCAUCUCCGAGGUGCCCUCCUUCAUUUACCACCCUGACUGUACCAGCGAACACUUGAACGGCCGCCACGCUGAGGACUCAGCGGAACCGGUGGCACUAAAGGCAGGAGAGACGUACGCUUGAGCCACAACGGAGGAUAAAGAGUGUGGCGAUGGGAACAGCUGACGAAGAGCAACUGAGCAACUGAGAUGUACAGUAAGAAAGGAAAAUCCAGUUUGCCCGCUAUAACUCCGUGAUUCAAUCUCAGAGACCGAUGCUGGUGUGCUCAUCCAAGGACGCUGACACAGGUCCUGAGAGAAAGAGCUCAUUGAGAUGGGAAUCAGCUUCAAGGCAGACUUUUCAUUUGACUGUACUUUGCGGUUUUCUGAGAACUUCGAUGUCAAGAACUUGUUUUAUGAGACAAGAGCUGCUUCUGCUACCUAACGCUGUGAUGAAGGUGGCAGUGAGGAUGGUCUUUGCUCAGAUUUACAUGCUGUAGAGCUGACGGCGUCAUGAUGAUGAUUUUUCAAGUGAAGUAGAAGAAACAAUCCUUCCAGCUGAGCCUAGAGGAAGUACCCUGAAGCUAAAGACACACACAUAAUAAAACUAAUGUCCCAAACACAAUCAUAUGCUCCUUGAUAGAGGUCAAAUAAAAAAACUCUGCUUAAAGCUCUGGAAUUGUGAACAUAAUAUAUGUUUUAUUUGGAAAGAAAAAAUGUGUUUACAUUUUUUUUAAGGAUUUUAUUUUUGUUUCUAUUCAUAUUUUAUUCUUGCCAAUUACUAAGUAUGUGCUAAGAGUGUGUCCUGUGAUGCUGCACUACCACCUGCUUUGUUGUUGUUGCAGUUGCUGUAUUUGUGCCAAUUAUCAUAGGGCUAAAAAGCGGAAAAAAAGCUAAAUGCACAUCACAAAUAUAUGAAUAAAAAACUUUAUUUUUAUGUUUAACAGCCACAAGAGUUGUUUCACUGCAUAUGACUCCAGUGUGUUUACGUGUUGCCAGUAGUUCUGACGAUCAAACAGUUUCUCUGCAGUGUGGAAGCGGCACAGAUUGGACUCACCGUCGUCCUUUGUCAUGCUCACGAGGCCUUCGAUCUAUCCCAUUUUCUUUUUUUCUUUUUAAAUUCUGUAUACCAUGCAUAUUUAUUCAUGAAUAUGGUAGCAUUUUCAGGAUUAAGCAUCCAGAGCAAAGUAAAAGAUUUGCUAAAGAUGAAAUGAUGAAAACAUCAUUGUGAAAGAGUCAAGACCUUAUUUACUUAUAGAAAUGUUCACAUCUUGCUCACAAUUUCUGCACAGACAGCAAACAUGAAUAAUCUACUAUUUGUCCUAAAUACAUUCAUAUAAAUCUAUUGUAAUUGUAUUGUUGCUUUGUCAGAAUUGUACCAUAGGAUUUGAGAGGAUGAAAGUUAAGAGUCGGCGGCCAUAGACCACACUGAGUUUACUCUGUCAGCAGCCACCCUUUUCUAAAUCACCAGUUUCGGUAAAACUGAAUUCAAUGUCUUGCAUAUAUCUAUAAAAGUUACUUGGAAGCCCAAUGAGCUUCGAAAACUGCACAUUUAAUAGCUGUCAUUUAAAUUCAGCCAGGUAAAAACAUGUGUUAUCCUUAAGCGUACAGCCAAUAAAGCCUCUGAUCCUCUUUGAGGGUACGGCGGGGGAUAUUCUAUUGUUCUGUAGUUAACGACCAAGUCAUUUUCUAUAAGAGCUGUGCAUUGUAGUUUCUAGCAAAUGUCACUCAAACGGGAGUAAAGAGUGUGUUUAUUGGGGAAUACUUUUUUCAUUCAUACACAUUUGGUUCUCUCGUGUGUAUUUACAGCAGCAGGACAGUGUAUACGAAAUAACCCUGGGUCAACUAAUAACAAAGAAAGCAUUUCAAGAUGUCUUGAGUUGCAGUAAUUGGUUGAGAUGCUUUUUUUUCACGAAAAUAGUAAAGAACAAAAACUUUGACGUUCACAGCAAAAACAGAAAGACCAAUAUUAUGAAUGUGGUUCACAAUAUAUCAGUAGAGUUAUGGAGUAUUAACUCAAAUAUAUUUUACAGUGCACAGAUAAUAAUUAAUUUGCCGACAUAAACAAAGAUAAAGAUACAACUAUCACCAGACUUUUAGAAGUAAUGUUCCACCUCAUCUGAGACGAGGUGUUUAGUUCUCUGUCUCCAUUGAUGCUCCUGUGUUGUAUCUGUUGAAUGUCCGCUCAUCAUAUGCGUGAUUAUCUCUAUUCAUCAUCAUUCCCAUUUGUGUGGGACAUUAGAGAGUUAUUAUGAAGUGAAAUGUGUUUGUUUCCACGGGCCUAAAGAGUGAAGCUGGUACAAUUUGCAGAUUAAGCCAGAUUGAGACUCUGAAGUUGAUCUUUAAAGUAUUUAAGUAACUUUACGUUGUAAUAAUUGGCUUAUUCAUCACUAUUAAUAUAUAAUCAACUAUAAUCAAAGAUACAUUCUGCUUUGACAAUAUAACCAGAUAAAUAGAGCCAUACAAAAAAAAUCUGCUAUAUAUACAAUGGAGGUGAAAACCAAUAACAUUGAAUUGGUCUAUCUAAUUAGAUUAUCAAAUAAUAAAAUUAAUCCAGUUAUCAAGAAUGCAGCUCUUUACACAAUGUACAGUUUCAGGAAAUAUUUUAUCUUCACAAGCUAAAAGCAGUCAAUUCUUAUUUCGUAUCUAAAUGAGCUAUCCUCCUAAUCUCCUGAAUGAAACCGACAAGAGACCUACUGCAAUAUAUUUUAAUGUUUUUUUUUUUUUUUGUGAGCCAGAUAUAAGAAAGACGGAGAGAGACAGUCAAUACGAGAGACUGACAUCUAUGUACUAUGAUGAAAGAGUUUAGUUUCCCUUUUCCUCAUUUUAAAGUCUCUUGGUUCUUUUGUAUGAAUUCGUCACACUGUUAGACAUACUGUGCUAGGACUUUGGGGAAGACAGAUUAUGUAUAUUUUGUAUGUAAUGCCAUGUAAAUACGAGCAGACACUGUGUUUAUGAUAGAUUGUUUCACUGUGAAAUACUCUGACUGCUAUUGUUGUUAUGUUCCUUUCAAUUAUUUGAGCUUGUGUUUUCCUCCUUCUCCCUCUCAGCUCGGGCCUGCUUCAUCUCAACGCUGAUAGAAGAAAAAAAAGCAUUUUGUAAAACCAAAUGAUCAGUGUGUUUUAAAAAAAGACUAUUUAGUGCAAAAAUACAAACAUAAAAGACUC